UGAACAGUGACCAAGAACAAUUUCAACGUUAGCGUUUUUAUUGUUGUUGUUUAGACGUUUAUUAACACCAUGGAACUCAAAAUAUGACAAAUUUAACCGCACAGCAUCACAUACUUAGCCCAUGUAGUCUUUAAUUCGCGUUGGAGACAGGACUUGGUUGAUAGAUGUUAUAGGUAACGUUAGCUAGCUGCUAACGUUAGCUAACAAUGGCUAACUGUAUGGUUUUUCACACUCAAAUAGCCUCCAUUAUGGAGGUGCUAGCAAAUGCAGCCGUGGCAGAGAUUUGUAAACUCGUAGACGACGACUAUGCAGAGUUUCGUUUGGAAAUUUCUCAAAGCCAGAAAGAAAACAGGACGUUGCGGAGGAAACUACAGCUGCUGGAACUGAAGGUGGCACGGGAGCGCGCAGACAGGACAGUGCGGGAGCGCGUCCUCGCCAGUAGUCCCAGCAGUGUCAAGAUCCUCGACCGAUACAGAAGCAUAGCAAGAGGUGAAGGACAUCUCACUGGAGGCCAAAGGAGUUUUGUGAAGCCAGCGGGACAAAAUACAUGGAGAGAUGACCAACCAAUCACUGUUGAUGAGGGGAGUGGAACCUCAACCCAGCACGUUAUUGUGAUAGAGUCUGAAGAUGCAGAGGCUGCAAGUCCUGGAGGAUUGUCUCUGGUCAAGCAGGAGAGGACUGAAGGAGAGGAGGACCCACGGCACAGCAGAGACAUCCAGACUGGAGCAGCGUCUGGAGUGCCCCCUGUAGCCACAGAGGACCUCUUCGCCGCCCCAGCCCAGCCCAGGUCCCGACGCAGCAUCACGGAGGAGGAGAAGAGUCCAGAGGUGCUGCUGGUGAAGGAGGAGGGGUGUGAGAAGCGUUUGGGGAACCCUGAGGGGACCAUUGUCAUGGAAGACAACCAGACUACACCUCCUCCUGAACCCCCAGCUGAGCAGCACAGGACCACACACAGUCUCACUGAGGUGAGCCCACUGUGAACUAUUAUUAGAAUGGUAUUAGUUCAUGGCCCGUAUCCACAGUGUCUAGAGUUUUACCUUUUAGAUCAUAAUGAAUAAUACUAUACAGAAAUGUAUUUCCAUAUUGUUCUUCAGAAAACGUAUUGUUUAUGUUUAAGUUACAUAAACUAGUCUUAAAACUAGAGAUUAUCAGUAUCGUUGGAUUUACAGAGCUGGGAACCCACAGAGGUCCAGACCAAGGGAUUAAAGCCAGACAGGGCCGCUGCCAACCUCCUCAUCUACAAACUAAGGAUCAAUUUUCGAGUGAGUAAAAUUACAGUUUGAAUGUCAGAUUGUUAUUGAACCAAUCCUGCUACAGAAGCAGUAUUGUUAUAGCCUGGGUGCCAGUCUGUUUCAGCUUUCUGCCGACAACCUUAUUGGAUUGUUAUGCAAAUAUCAUAUUGCCACGAUGGAAUUGGCAAGAGAGUAGAAACAGACCGGUACUCAGACUAUUGAUAGGCCUACAUUAUUACCUGAACAAGGACUGGGUCCUCCUGGUCCAGGGUGGGCUCAUGAUCUUUAUGAAUAAACAAUAAAGGAUAAUUUUCUGUAAGUUUAAGAAAUACUGCAAGACACCAGACAUCUGUCCAUGUAGUUAGGCUGAUCUUAUAUUUUAUUUGUAUUUUAUAUUGUGUGAUAUCACAUUGUAUUUAUGUGUCUGCAUAAUGUACCAAUAUGUUCAAUUAAACCUAAAGCAAAGGUUUGGUUUCA